UCACAUACCGGGGGGGGGGACAAGAGCCGCAUCCUAUGGGUCUUCUUUGGGAAUAAUGGAGGAGCUUGAACACACCUGUCCACAUCCGCGGACGACUCUGACUGAGCCAGCCAUCUUCGCCAAGGAGACCAGUUGUGACUGUCGUGCCCCUCAUGAGAGACUUACCAUUGCCCAAGCCCGCAAAGGGACCCCAGUGGACCGGCCAGUCAGAGUCUAUGCAGAUGGCAUCUUUGACCUGUUCCACUCCGGCCAUGCUCGAGCGCUCAUGCAGGCCAAGAACCUCUUCCCCAACACUUAUCUGAUAGUUGGAGUGUGCAGUGAUGAGCUGACCCAUAAGUACAAGGGGUUCACGGUCAUGACGGAGGACGAACGCUACGAGGCACUAAGACACUGUCGCUAUGUGGACGAGGUGGUGAGAGACGCACCCUGGACGCUCACACCAGACUUCCUUGAAAAACACAAGAUCGAUUUUGUAGCUCAUGACGAUAUCCCGUACUCCUCAGCAGGAACUGAGGAUGUAUACAAACACAUCAAGGAGGCAGGCAUGUUUGUGCCUACCCAGCGGACAGAGGGCAUCUCCACCUCUGAUCUCAUCACCCGAAUCGUCAGGGACUACGACGUCUAUGCCCGCCGCAAUCUCCAGCGUGGCUACACUGCCAAAGAGCUCAAUGUCAGCUACAUCAACGAGAAAAAGUACCGGCUACAAAACCAAGUGGACCGUAUGAAAGAGAAGGUCCGCAACGUGGAGGAGAAGAGCAAACACUUUGUGUACAGGGUGGAGGAGAAGAGCCACGACCUCAUCCAGAAGUGGGAGGAGAAAUCCAGAGAGUUCAUCGGCAACUUCCUAGAACUCUUUGGUCCCGACGGGACCUGGAAACAGGUGUUCCAGGAGCGCAGCGGGCGGAUGCUCUCCUACGCCCUGUCUCCCCGGGAGUCACCUUGCAACAGCCCUCCGCGGGAGCUUUCGCCGUUGCGCUCUCCUUCUCCUCCGUCUCCCCCCUCCCGCUGGCACAACGCUCGGCCGUCGCCCCCCACCUCCCCAAAAGGAGCGUCUGCCUCCUUAAGCAGCAUGAGCGAAGGCGACGAGGACGAGAAGUAG